AUGAGAAAAUAUAUUGCAGACCUGCCAACGCUAACAGCCCCAAAGCCAAAAGAAAUACUCUACGUGUAUCUGGCCGCCUCACUUGAAUGCGUUAGCGCUGUGCUUGUGGCAGAAAGGGAAAAACAACAGAUACCCAUUUACUUCGUGAGUAGAGUCCUGCAAGGCGCAGAAGCCAACUAUCCCGAGUUAGAAAAGCUGACCUUGGCCCUUGUCCAAGCGGCACAAAAGUCGGGAUGGGUGGCCAAGUGGGCCAUCGAAUUGGGGGAGCACGACAUUGAGUUCAGAGUCAGGAAUGCAAUUAAGGGGCAAGUAUUGGCUGAUUUCAUCAGCGACGUCCACGAAGGCGAAAACUUGAUGACACACUCUGUGUCACUCGAGGUGUUGGGGAACGUCAAAAAUGAUGUAUGGAAGUUGUACACCGACGGAGCCGCAAGCUCCGAUGGUUGUGAAGCCGGUCUGAUGCUAAUCAGUCCCGAAGGCAAAGAAUUUACCUAUGCUCUGAGAUUUGAGUUUGAAGUAACAAAUAACGAAGCCGAGUACGAAGCAUUGCUAGCAGGGCUUCAGAUUGCCAGAGAUAUGAAGAUCCGCAACCUACAGGUAUAUGUCGAUUCCCAAUUGGUCGCAAAUCAAGUAAAAGGGGACUACAAAGCCAAGCAAAUUACCACAAAACUAUACCUACAAAAGGUGCGGGAGCUGAUGGAAUGUUUCAGUCACUUCGAAAUAGAGCACAUUCGAAGAAACCAAAACAAAAGAGCAGACGCCCUGAGCAAGCUAGCUUCACUCACAUUCGGACACCUAGGGAAACAAGUACUGGUAGAAGUCCUCAAGGAAAGAUCGAUCGAAGAAAAACAAGUCUCUGACCUUGUGGAGGAAGAGAACAAAAAUUGGAUGACCCCCAUUUACGAGUAUCUAGUAAGCGAGAUACUCCUCGCAGACAAGGAUGAAGCCCGAAAGAUAAGAGUAAAAGCCCCGCAAUAUAAAAUCCAAGAUAAAAAGCUGUACAAGAAAGGCUUCGUCACGCCAUGGCUCCGAUGCGUAGGUCCAAACCAAGUAGAAAUGAUCAUCCGAGAGAUACAUGAAGGAAUCUGUGGAGCACAUGCGGGAGCAAGAUCCGUCGCAACGAAGGCUAUGAGGCUAGGAUAUUUUUGGCCGACAAUGCAUCAGGACUCUACAGCAUUAUUGAAAAACUGCGAGUCAUGCCAGAUACGUGCCAAUGUCCCGAGACAACCUAAGAAUGAUAUGACCUCCGUAACGUCGGCAUGGCCCUUCAUACAAUGGGGUAUCGACAUUGUGGGACCACUUCCCGAAGCCCAAAACAAGAAAAAAUUCCUGGUUGUCGCCAUCGAUUACUUCACCAAGUGGGUGGAGGCAAAGCCGCUGGCCACGACAAACGGAGACCAAAUGAAGAAGUUUGUAUGGGAGCACAUCAUAUGCAGAAUUCUGCAAGCAAUUGCAAAUUCAACAAUCCUUCACAUCCGUUUACCACCCCCAAGGGAACGGGCAGGUGGAGGUAACCAACAGAGAAAUAAUCAAGGGAAUGGAGAAACGCUUAGGGCGAAACCACAAGGGAUGGAUAGACGAACUACCACUAGUCCUAUGGGCCAACAGGACAACGCCAAAGCGAAGCAACGGAGAAACCCCUUUCAGUCUAGCAUUCGGAACGGAGGCUGUCGUCCCAACGGAAUUCCAAGUCUCUACCCACAGGAUGUAAACACCGAAGGGAACGAAGACGAACUAAGGAUAGAUCUGGACUUGCUGGAAAAACGACAAGAAAUCAUCGCCAUCAGAGAAGUUGCGUUUAAAAAGAAGAUUGAAGGGUAUUACAACAAAAGGGUAAACCCAACAACAUUCAAAGUCGGUGACUACGUGUUGCGGUUGAAUAGCACGAGCGAAAAAGAAUACACUGGCAAUAUGGGACCUACUUGGGAGGGUCCAUACAGGGUAAGAGAGCAUUUGGAAAAGGAGCAUACGAGCUGGAAACGCCCGAAGGAGCUCCGGUUGACAGAACAUGGAAUGGCUCAAAUUUGCGUAAAUUCUACUGUUAAAAUUCCUUCCUUUUUCAAAAUAUAUGUAGUACGAAAUAAAAAUGUCUGUAAACAAUUCUGA